GUUUGGAAAACCUCUCUCAGUUUACCGAGGUGCAUGUUGUGCUAGGCAAUGAAGCAUGUGAUCUGGACUCGAUGGUUUCAUCUUUACUACAUGCUUUCUCAAUUUACAAGACACUUCUCAGUGUUCCAGGGAAGCCAGCAGCCAUUAUUCCUGUCUUCAACAUACCUAAGGAAGACUUUUGCUUGAGAACAGAAGCAGUGUUUCUAUUCAGGAGAUAUCUACUUGAUUCAAGUUUCUUCAUAUUUGUAGACGAUGUUGACUUGGAAAACCUACUGGAAACUGGGAAACUGCAACUUAUUUUAGUGGAUCAUAACAUUUUAGCAAAAGCACAGAAACACUUGGAUGUUGCUGUCUUUGAAAUCCUUGACCAUCAUAAAGACCAAUGGCCAGCUAAUUUGAAAGUAAGAAAAAACAUUGAGCCUGUUGGAUCUUGCUGCACACUUGUGGCUGAGAAAUUGUUGGCUUUAGAUUUAAUAGAUGGGCAAAUGUCCGGCCUGUUGCUAGGAACAAUACUUCUGGACACAGUUAACUUGGAUCCCAGAGCUGGAAGAGCCACAGAUAGGGACAGAGAUAUUGUCAAGCAAUUGCAGGAAAAGUUUCCUUUAGCCAUAAAUGAACUGUACAGAUCUGUCAGUACAGCAAAAUUUGAUGUGUCAGCCCUCUCUACAUUGGAUCUUCUUCGUAAAGACUACAAAGCUUUGCCAACGGUUGAAAACAAAGAUCUUUGCGUUGGCAUCAGUUCUGUCAGUGGCUUAUCACUUAGUGAUUUCUUCUCAAGAACUCUAGUCCAUCACAGCAUUUCGGAAUACUGCCAGGCCUCGUCUCUGGAUGUUUUAAUUAUCAUGUUUCUCUAUUUUGUUGAAAACCUUGAUGAUCCUCCCAGUAGGCAGAUUGCUGUUUGUGGGCCACACGAGGCAGCCAAGAGCAAAAUUGCAGAACAUUUGUCCACGUCAGGAGAACUUAAAUUGAAGCUGAACGAUGAACGUUUCCAAAACUGCUUCGUUUAUGAUCAGGACAACAUAGUGGCAUCGAGGAAAGUUGUCUUUCCUCUUGUACUGGACAUCAUCAAGAAUAGAUUUUGAAGCGCACUGCUUUUUUUUCAGGAAAAUGUUUAUAAUACUUUAGAGGGGGCUUGACUCCCCUUUGUAAUGGCCUUACUUCGGAUGUUUGUGUUCAUUAUCAAAUUUUAAGGCAUGUUCAAACGUAGGUUUCCAUAACUUUGCAUGAGGUGCUUCCUACGGUGAAAUAGGCGGCUAUUCCCGAAAAGGUGCUGCAGGGCGAAACUCAAGCAUGACAACGUGCUCGCAGGCUCAACAGACGAAGGUAAGAAGUCUGACAGGCAGCGGUUGGCCUCCGUAAAGCGAAACCCAAACACCUGAAACACGAGGGUUGUGACUUAAAUGGAUACUCCAAAAUCAGGUUUCCGAGUGAGGACUGGAACCAUUAUUGCCUAUUACUUCAUUAUUUACCGAAAAAUAAAUUAUUUAGUUCUAGUCCUUACUCGGAAACUUGAUUUUGGAGUAUCCAUUUAACAACCGAAGCAAGAGAGCGUGCUCACAGGCUCAACAGACAGCGGUAAUAGGUCUGAAGGGCAGUGGUUGGCCUCCGUAAAGCGAAACCCAAACACGAGAGCGUGCUCGCAGGCUCAACAGACGGUGGUAGUAGGUUGGCCACCGGUAACCAGCUUACGUGGAAACCCUUGGUUCAAAGAAAUGCACGCAACCAUAGAUCCCCAGCGUUUUACGGAAAAGUCAAUUCAAAGGUGAUGAUGGUCAAACAGCUGACGUUUAGAAUUAAAAUACUCAGAGGAAGAAGAAAUAAGCUGGCAGAGAGGGACACACAAAUACGUCGACUCCAAUAGGGUUAUUUUUAGGCUUAUUAAAUCGAGAUGAAAAUUUCUCUCCCCAAACUUUCUCCUUUGUAUUUUCUCGUUAGAAAUAUAUUUUCUUUCCUGUUCGAA